AUGGCUUCUGCUCCAGCGGCUUCUCCCUCACUCACUUCCGUCGCGGUUCCUCCGCCUAGCCCCGAACAGCCUUGGGAUCUUUGUCAUCUCCAGACUCGUGUCUUGAAAUUACGCGAUGCCAUCGACCUUGACAAGGUAAAGGAGCUAGCGUCUCAGCACAACGAGGGCAAGUUCUGUCGUAUAUCGCAUGACAUUGUCGUGGGCAAAACAUUCCUGUGCAUUGCCGUCACGUUUCCGAACGACGGGCAAGAAUGGGUCGUCCGCAUCGCCACAAAGUCAACCGUCGAUAGGGAGUGGGACAUGAUCCGCAGCGAAGUUGCAACAAUUCGGAACAAGUACAUUCAGCGCCACACUUCAAUUCCGGUGCCCACAGUCCAAGCGUACGGAACAGGCAAGCACUUGAGCGAGGAUUUGUACGAGACUCAUUCAUACAUAAUCCAAGAUAGAGUUCCUGGAAAGGCACUCGGAAGCGACGUUUUGGCCCUUAUGACGCGGGAGAAGCGCAAGAGGGUCUGGUGCCAGCUUGCGGACGCGCUUGCGCAGCUUCAGGAACUGACGUUCCCCACCACUGGAUCUUUGUAUCCAGCCGAAUCGGACGACAUGAAGGAGUGUAUUGGGCCAGCUCUGUCUAGGUGGGAUGAAUAUCUCUCUAACCGGGAUGGGGCGACGCGCAGCCGGCCUGUAUUCACGACUGCGUGGGACUCUAUUCAGCAUCAUCUUGCAGUCCUCAAAGACGGACCCGAGAUGCGGCAGAUCUACUGCCAGACAGAACCAAACGAAGUCGUUCCUCAGCAGAUAUUCGCAAUGGACGCGGUGGCGCGUCACGUCAAUGACAAAAGCGCUUUGUUCUGGCGGGAGAAUGCUGGCUUCAGACUGAGCAAGGGGCGGUUCGCCUCGAACAACAUCUUUGUCGACAGCGAAGGCAACAUCCGAGGCAUCAUCAACUGGGCAUGGACGGAGAUUUUGCCCCGGCAGCUCUGCCAGCCGAUGAACUGGGUCAGGGAUGUCGGACUGUCUCCGGAGCGGCGAAGAGAAGAUGGUGUCUGGGAAGAGUUCCUGGAGGUUGUGACGCCGGACCAUGCCUACCACGAGCAUCUGCGCUACUACACGGACAACGAGGCGCACACCUUCUUCGCCGCCAUUCUGCGGUAUCCGGACUCGCUGACGACCGUCUACUUCUGGGACCUUUUUUACAACACGCAGCAUGAGAAGGCCGAUUAUGUGCUGCUCGGGGGCUUCUUCAGCCAGCCGGAGCACAAGGCCAGGCUGGACAGGCUCCUCGCGGUCCAGAAGCGGCACUCGGACGAGGUUUCUGGCAGACUCGCUUCGCAUAUAAGUAGAGUGCUUCUUCCGCAGUGGCAGCUGUGGCAUAAUGAGAUGGGCAGUCUCGUUUUUAUUGCUUCGGAGGCGCGUCAUUUCCUACGCGAUGCCGUGCUUGCCAGACCUCACCCGUCGCUGUCGCCCAACGGCCCUGACACUGGUCUGCCUCACAGCCCUGUUUAG